UAUCAAUCAAUGGGAUUAACUCGAACGGCUCAAGUUAAGUUAAGUGUUGUUGAAUUCGAAAGCUUUGAUCUCUAAACUUAACAGAAAAUGGAGAUAUUCGGUAUGGACUUUGGGUGCGUAAUUGGAUCGCUUCGCCAUGGCCAAAUUCCUGAAAAAGACUGUUUGCUUCCUCUAAUUUCGAAGCUACUUGGCUAUUGUAUUGUUGCCGCUUCCACCACUGUCAAGAUCCCUCAGAUAUUGAAGAUCCUGGAACACAAAAGUAUUAGAGGGCUCAGUGUGGCAGCUUUCGAGCUUGAAGUGAUUGGUUAUACUAUUUCUCUCGCAUACUGUCUUCAUAAAGGGCUUCCCUUUUCAGCCUUUGGGGAAUAUGCAUUUCUGUUGGUUCAAGCUUUAAUUCUCGUUGGAGUAAUCUACUACUUUUCACAACCUGUGGGUACUUCGAGAUGGAUGAGGGCACUGCUAUAUUGUGGAUUGGCACCGACAAUUCUGGCGGGUAAAAUUGAUCCUGUGCUUUUUGAAGCUUUAUAUGCAUCACAACAUGCAAUAUUUCUCUGUGCAAGGAUUCCUCAAAUAUGGAAAAACUUCAGUAAUAAAUCUACGGGGGAACUCAGCUUCCUAACAUGUUUUAUGAACUUUGGCGGUUCCAUGGUGAGGGUUUUUACCAGCAUCCAGGAGAAAGCACCUACAAGUGUUGCGAUGGGCUCUGUCCUCGGUGCAAUAACGAAUGGUACCUUGUUGAGCCAGAUAAUUUUAUACAGGAAGCAAGAAACGAAGAAAGAAAAGAAGGACGAGUAAAGGAAUUUUCACUUUCCGAGACUGGUUCACCUGGCCGUAAAAUAUGUGUCACGUUCUAGAUAAUAUUUUUUUCUUUUGAUAUCAAAGAACUAAGCGAACAUUAUGUUUUGUAAGCAACUUUGUAUUUUCAAUCUGUAGAUUUUAUUACAUGUAUAGAGAACACAGGAUGGGAGAUUAAUCUGAUACCCGGGACAAGAGAAAAGCAUUUAUAUUUAUAAAAAGCAUUGUCUGAAUAUUGCCAAGAUAA